UUCAGUGCGCGCUCAACUCGUGUUGCGUUCGUUGGUCAAGCAAAUCCUGUUAUUGUUGAUAUUCGGACACAUACACAACGUGAAGAUUCCAAUCGGCAACACACUUCUUUUCAAUUGAAAUUAUCGUUUAUUGCAUAAGAACUCGUUCCUUAUUGCUUGCAAUGAGAGUGCGACUAUUGUGUACUUAAUUCGCGGAUUUUGCGAGAUAUUUCGUUUUCAGAUACUGGCUAAAUUAUAAUUCAAGUGCAGUUUCAGGAUGGUGUUGGUUCUAAAUGGUGUCCUACAAGAGGACUGCCCUCAGGAUACGCGUUCGUUGUAUCACACACAUCCUGUAUACAGGGAAACAGCCGCACAACUUUUGGCCAUACCCAAUAAGAUAAUCGGACCUGUUGGACUUUUAUAUGUACAACAAAGGGAAUUUGCCGCUACCGUGCCACACGAUAAAAAUGUCAGCAUACUCGGAUCGGACGAUGCCACCACUUGCAUUAUAGUCGUACUCAGACAUUCUGGUUCCGGUGCCGUUGCGUUAGCACAUUUCGAUGGGUCUGGGACGGACGAAGCUGUCUGCACGAUGGUGCAAAGGGUACAAGACUUAUCUGUGGGAUAUCAAGAAGGAAGGAUAGAAUUACAACUGGUUGGAGGUUUUAGCGAUGCACAUAACUACUCGGAAGAUAUCUUUUUCAAUAUAAUGAAUUGUUUCCAUAAGUUACCAGUGGAAAUAGAUCUUACAUUAGCGUGCGUUGGUGAGUUAAAUACAACCGUCAGGGGAGGAAUUCACUGGCCAAUGGUUUAUGGAGCGGGAGUAAAUAUAAAGACUGGAGAAAUAUUUCCUGCCACUUUUCCUGACAAGGGUCCUGAUCAAGCGCUUAGACGUGCCAGGCAUCUUACAGGGCAAGCUCAGGUGUUGGAAAUUUAUGAGAGUCACUUAGGACUACUCAGGAUAGGACCAUUUAAUUAUGAACCGUUAAGAGGGGUGGAUUUAUGGUUAGAGCAGAGCGAUGAAUUUAUUUUACAGCAUUUAUCAACUUCUCCUGAAGUUGAACCUCCUCAUUUUGUUAUGCAGAUAAGAGCGACUUUAAAGUACAUUCAGGACAAUCAAUUUCCAGCAGUAACUGUUUUUCGCGAAAACCGCCCGCAUUAUUUUAGAAGAGAUGAACAUUCAGGAACAUGGCAACCUAUAAGAUAUUAACAAAAUUUUAUGCACUCUUGAAGAAAUAAAAUUGUAUAUAUAUUUUUUACAAACAACGCCCCGUCAUGGAAGCGUGGAAGACUUUGCUUAGAAGUGCAAUAUAUUUGUUUUUCCAUUUUAUAAUGCACACAUGUGUUUGAUACAGAUUAAGUUUUUUAAAAUUGAACGUUAAAUAAUUUUGUAAAUGAUGUAUUAAGUUGGUGUUACUUGGCUAUCUUGUGUUUUUAACGGCACAUUGCUUUUUGAUGAUUUUAUGUGAUGUUAGUCCUUUUCAUAUUUUCUAAAGUGUACAUUACUUGUUAUAAAUAAUACAUUUAGAACUUUUGUAACAUUUAAUGUAAAA